AGGGUUGAGUGAAUCAUAAUAAGGCUCAGAUAUGCCCACAUAGAUAUCUACAUCUUGCAAACAACAAGACUAAACUAUGAUAUUUAACUUUCCCUUGUACCUGAACAAGAUCAUGGAGAAAAGCAUUCUAAGCUUGACUUGUUUAUCAAGUACAUUGCCCCCACCAGAUAAAGGUUGGCUAGGCAAAACUAGAUCUCAUCUACCUGAAUUAACCAAUGCAAAAACGAAAAGAUAAGCGAAAAAUAAAGUUGUACCAAGUAGAUCCUUCUACUAAAUGUUUGCUGAAUGCUUUAUGUGAGUUAUGAUAUGCACCCAAACCAAAAUGCAUCUAACAGAUAUUAAUCAAUUUCAGUCAAUCCCACAAUUUAACAUAUCAAAUAACAGAUAUUCAUGCAUUUAUUCAAUUCCACAAUUUAACAUAUCAAAGAACAUAUAUUCAUCGAUUCAUUCAAUUCCACAAUUCAACAUAUCAGUAUCAGCUUUAAUCAUCUCCAGCACCUAAUGGAAGCCAAGGACCUAAACAAUUAUUCAGUUUAUAAUUGGUCACUUACAAUACCAAACAUCUCACUUCAAUUGCGAAAUUGCUUCUGGCCUCUUCCACUGUAGAAUUGAAACCCUCUAGCCUGGUUCAAUCGGCCGAAUUCAAUUCAUCUUCCUCCAUAUGGAGCGCCAUCUUCUGCUUGAAUGCCUGCAAUUGAUCUUCCAAUUGUUUCACAUCUGACUGAUAUUUCAUCACGAGCGAUUGCAAUGAUUGGAUAACUUCAUGAUCAUAUUCAUGAUUCUCCUCUGCCAUUCUCUGGUACUGAUUGGCUUCCAUCUCAGCUGCACACUUCUCACUUUGGAGGCGCAGAUCUCCUUCUGAUAUCCCACAUAAGCUGCACACUUCCAUAGGUGUUGAUUUUCUGGUUUUUUUUGUUAUUCAUUAUAAGUUUUUGCUUCAUCCUAAUUUAUGAACAGUAUAGUUGAGUGAUAUUUAAUUAUAUAUUUUUAAUUGAAACAGAUAACCAAGAUUCAAGAAUGAGGGAACUAUUUUCAGACAUCUAUACUAAGGGUUUGCCUUUUCUGAUUUUAGUUUUGUCCUUAAUAGUCCUGUCUUUUCUUGGAGUGUUUAUGGAGUUAAAACUUGUAGUUUACAAGAAAGAUAUAAAAUCAUGCUUGGUUUAGGUUUGGCAUUGGGUCAACUGGUGGUGGUAUUGUAUAGACAUUUAGAAACGGUUAGGAAUUCAACCUUCGUGAGGGGACCUCACGGACCUUUUUUACAAUCCCUGAAUGUUUUAGUGGGUGGUGUGGUUACCUAUCUACUUAACUCCAUUUCUCAGCCCAAUAUCAUCUUAUUAGUCUUUAGUUUGGCUGUUUUAGUGAGUCUGAAUGAACUGAUUCAACCAACCAUAGAUUUUGGUUUAAUCAACUCAGUAUUUUCUUCUAUUGCUAUCCAUUUUGGUUUUUUUCGCAUCAAGGUUUAAGGAUUCUAGUUGCUCUGUUAUGUUGUUGCAUUCUGUAUGUCCAUUUUGUAGACAGGCUACAUGGCCCCAAGCGGCAGCCAUGAGUUCGCCACAAUCUGAAGACCCUACACUAAAACUAUAAACACUUUUUUGACAU